AUGCACAGACGGAAAUCAAGUCGGGACGAGGAUGAUGCCCACGAUAUAAUCAAGCCCUCGGCGGCGACGUCUGUAUCCUUUCCAGACUCAGAUGUGGACUCUUCGAGGACUCGGGUGAACUCUUCGCCAACGCACCCCCCUCAUAUCAAUGGCUAUGCUCGCCCGAAUGUACCGUCGCAUCCACCAUCGUCUGCAGGUCCCUUUCGAACGGCAUUUGUCCCCGCGCGUAGCCCGUCCUUGCCAACUCCCAAUGGCCAUGCUGCCAACGGAAUCGGUCGAGCACCUACAUCUCCGCUGAACAACCGAACCUCCCCAUCUCAUGCACGAACGCUCUCACAUUCGCUGACCCCCACGUACAUACAUUCUCUUAACCAACCAUAUGGAUCUGCACAUGGGUCUGCUGCACAUGGCCCUUCACUCAACGGCCAUACAUCUGCGCACUCGCGCACGAGAUCAAUAUCGACGCCUUUCUCCCCACCGAUCUCCUCGCCUCUGGCUUCGUCUUUUCCUCCCCAAUCCCAGUCGAUCCCCUCCCUUCCUACAUCCGCUCCGCCAACAAAACAGUCGUUCCCUAGUUUCGCUGCGUCUAUGGCUUUCCCUGAGACUGAAGAGACCCCGCCUCCCGUCCAAGCACCAGGAUCACCUAAAAUCGGCUCAGGUCGUCGGCACGCUCGCUUGCACUCGCGCAAUCUCUCGAUAUUCUUUCCGAGACCAGGAUCGCUUCCUACGAACUCGAUAGCAGAGGAUGGAGCGCAGGAGGUAGAGGUACACGUUGAGGAUAUCGAGGCUCCUGUGAGCACAAUCCCAAGCGCUGAAUCUAACGUUAGCUUCCCCCGUUCGUCCCGCCAACCGCCGACUCCCCUCGGCGCGGGAUUCACGUUCGGUGCCCGUGCGCCGCCUGGUGAACUCCCCGUCCCUACUGCAAUGUCUCGCUCCUCCUCUACCGGCUCGGAGUCUCAUUCCCGAAGAGGCCAUCAUCACAAACACUCGAUGUCGCAUAACUUCUUCUCAUUUCUCGAACCCGGGGCUAACGGCCAUUCACACCAAGGUGAAGAGGAACUACACACCCAACCGACACUUACGCCUGUUUCUCCUUGGACUCCGAUCUCUCCUUUCCCAAACUCGGCUACAUCCAUGUCCCCCAAUCCAUCUCCUAUGUCAUCCGUCGGCACUGAUUUGCCUCCGCAGACCGGAGAUGUCCCCCAUUCACAUAAAAUGCCUAUCAAAUACGUAGACGAUAGACCCGUUGGGUUGACGGGAAGCGGUCCCAAGGUAGUUGGGGUGCUACAAUUCGUACUAGGUGCUUCGUUAUGGGUAACUGGCCAGCAGAUCGGCUCAUUAUCGUCUACCGGCCUCGGGUAUUGGGCCGUUUUCGAUGCGUUUGGAAUCGGCAUCGGUGUCUGGGGAGGGAAGCAUCUAUCUCAGCCAAGCAACGCUGCAAGCUCGAUAGACAAGGAACGGAUACGACGACCAUACGGGAACGCUCGAGUAGAAACCGUUCUUAUGUUCGCUCAAGCAGUGUACCUGAUGUUCUCUUCCGUAUACGUAUGCAAAGAGACCGUCGAGCAUCUCCUUCUGAGCGCAGGCGCUGGUGCAGGAGUUGGCGGCGGAGUGGGUAGCGGCGGUCAUUCAGAGGGGCAUCAUCAUCAUCAUGGCGGUGGAGAGGAGCAUGGUGUUUUCGUUGGCAUUGAUUUCCCUAUCUUCCUUACCAUCUUGACCGUCUUUACCAUGCUCCUAAAUGGCGCGGUCUACCGCAAUCACUUCAAGCUCCUGCACAUAACGGGGAAUCGCAUUCCUUCACUCGGCUCAACCAUACGCAGCGUCACUAGGCUAUUCUCCAGGCAGUUCGGAACAAGCUAUGCCCACGAGUAUGACGAACCCCCGACUUCGCUGACUGGCGAGCUCCUAUCCAAUCCUUACAUCUGCUCCCCGCUCCUUUUUGCCGCGGCCUUAUUGUGUGUCGCCCUUGGCGUCGAUGGUUCUCAGCACCAGAUGUGUGACCUUGGAUUGGCUUGUUUGAUUACAGUCAUCACGUUCAAUGUAGCCUACAAAGCAUCAGUCGUUCUUGGUACUGUCCUACUUCAAACAAGUCCUCCACGGAGCUCUUCGGCUGGCGGCCAGAUGGAUGCCUUUCUCCGGGUCAUCAAAGAGAUCGAACGGCAUCCUCAAGUAAUCCAUCUCACUCCACCUCAUAUCUGGCAGCUUACUCCAUCGCCUGCCACAUCGUUGUCGUUAUCAUCAUCGAGCACGAGCUCGCCAAGUGCCGAAUCCCUAGUGGUGACCCUCGAGCUGCAUGUUAGGGAUAGCCUCGGCGAUGACGAUGUCUUGCGGCUGACUAGAUGGGCUUGGGAGAAGUGUGUCAGCUCGCUCCGCGCGAGAGGGCAGGAUUCUGGUGUGGGCGACGCGGAAGUUACAGUCGGGGUCGUACGCGGAUAG